CGGGCGCAGGUGCGGCUCCGUUUCCGCCUCGUCCCGCCGGGGCAGCGGCUCCGCGGAGCGACCGCCGCUGAGGCCGGAGCGCAGAGUAUACCAUAAAAUCUAAACUUCCAGCCUUGCUUUCAAGGUACCUGAAGGUGUGACUCCUGCCACCCCACCCCUCCCCAGGCUGGGGCCAUGGCUGACAUGAUUUUUGGCAGCGGGACAGGCCCCUGGGUUUGCCCCAACGACCGGCAGCUGGCCCUGAGAGCCAAGCUCCAGACGGGCUGGUCAGUGCACACAUUCCAGACUGAGAAGCAGAGGAAGCUGCAGGCCCUGAGCCCCAAGGAACUUGAGCUCAUCCUGGGAGUCAUCCGCAAGGCAGAGCAGCUGGACGUGGUGGAGCAGCAGCGCGUCGGGUGCCUGGUGGAGAGGCUGGAGAACAUGAGGAAGAACGCCAUGGGGAACGGCCUCUCGCAGUGCCUGCUCUGUGGGGAGAUGCUGGGGCUGCUGGGCAGCUCCUCCGUCUUCUGCCAGGACUGCAAAAAGAAAGUUUGCACCAAGUGUGGGAUAGAAACUGUUGGAGCCCAGAAACGUCCCCUGUGGUUGUGCAAGAUCUGCAGUGAGCAGAGAGAGGUCUGGAAGAGGUCUGGGGCCUGGUUCUACAGAGGGCUGCCCAAGUACAUCACGCCUUUGAAGAGCAGCAGCAGCAAAGCCCUGGAGCUGCAGUGCCAGCCCUGGCAGGGCGAGGCGGCCGAGCCCGAGAGCGUCGGGAGCAGCCGCUCCUUCACCUGGGCCAGGGGAAAAGUGGUUUCCAGUGACAGUGAGAGCGACUCGGAGCUCAGUUCCUCCAGCCUGGAUGACAAACUUGUCCCUGUGGGAUCAAAAGGCUCUCAAGGGAGAAAGCUCCAAGCAGGAAUGGCACCCACCCGGGGACCCAGCCAGGCCAGGAGCAGAGCCCUGGGGUCUCCCCAGCUGUGGGGGAGCCACAGCAGCCUGGGCAGCGAGCAGGGGGCCGAGCUCAGCCCCACGGAGAGUGGCCAGAGUGACCAACCCUCGGACAGGCGCCACAGCGACACCGGCACCAGCACCCCUGAUGCUGUCACAGUGUCACACCUUCUUCCCUGAAUGCAAAAGCUUUUCUGCAACAUGAGUAAUGAUCUGGGGUGGGAGCUGCCUGCACCCACGGCCAGGAGCACUCAGAGCCUGGGGCUGUGGCCCUGCCGAGCCCUGGAGCUCCUCUGUGUCCUGCAGAGCCAGCAGAACAGAUGGAGCUUCUCCUGAAGCAAAGCAAAGUCCAGCAGCUUUAUGAGACCGAGUAACAUUUUUCCUGAAGUGAGGUUGCUCUUAAAGCCAAGCAUGGCUCUUCUCAGAACUCUGCAGUGCAGAAGAAAGACACUUUUUCCCCCUCAAAAACCUGAGAACAAUUAAGUGACUGGGAAAGCAGAGGCUGCUAUCACACCUGAAGCAGCUGAAAGAGAUGCAAAUGUGUUCUCUCUUCAGUUCCCACUAAUUUAGUCACCAACCCCUCAAGUUAUCAUCCGGCCCCGCUCCCUCCCCAGCAUUCCUGCCCUCUGAACUGCCUCUCCUGUUCUUCCUGAGCCUGCUUGGUGCUGGCCAUGUUGAGGCAUAAAUUGGAUUAGAGAGAGCAGGUUCAUCCUUCAGUGCACCAGGCAGUCGUGGUCCCCCUCCCUCCCCAGGCUUCCUGCUAGAAACAGGCAGCACAAAAUUGCUCCUCUGCUCUUCCCUCCCUCCUCAGCUUCCAGGGACUUGUAGUUUUCCUUUAGUUUUUUCACCAGACAAACUAAAGAAGUGAUUCUUCUGCUCUGUCCUUCCUCCCCCAGGGUUAGAGCCUGCCCUGGGCUGGGGGGUUUAUUUUAAGCUCCUGUUGUGCAGGAUUAGAGAGGGUGGAUCCCUGCUGCCUGUGGAGAGGAGCUGCAGGUUGUCCUGAGGGAUUGGAGUGGGUGUUGGUGGACAACAGGUGACCCUUUGGGUGCUGCCUCUCAUGGAUGGAUGGAUCCACUGCUGGACAAUGUGUUUGUACUCAGUGUUCUGUAGCUUCUCUGCCUGCUCUUUGAGCCAACUGCUGCCUGGCCAUGACAGUGCAAACUCUAUUUCAGAGGGGAAAAAAAAAAGAAAAGAAAAAAAACCCAUUUUCCUGCUAAAAAUUCCAUAUGCAAAGCUUGGCACAAGGGGUCAAAUCUUUCCAGUGGGAUCUCCCUGUGUAGAUGGGGGAGAGCUGAAGUGACAGGCAGCAUGGGCUGAUAUUUAAAAAACGAAAACUGCAGCAAUCUCCUGAGCCCAGUUAAAGAUGGCCCUGAGAUGUAGAGAGGAUCCUGCUAAGGAAAAGGUUAAGCCAGGUUGGCUGCCUAGGGAGUUUCUGUAAAGAUCUUUGUUAUGUCUGGGGUCAUUUAUUUCUCAGUGUUCCUGCAGAAGGGGCUGCUUUGUUCAGACAAGAGCCCAGGUGCAGGGGCUCCGUGGCCCCCCAAAUCCAGGGCAGGGAGGCAGAAAUCAGCAGUGAGUACUUCAGCACUUUGGAUGCCUCUCUUUGCCAACAAACAGAGGCUGCUCUUGCUGUCGAUGUAUUUGAAGAGUGAUGGAGGUGGUGGGUGCUGGAUGUCAGGGUUCCCAGCAUCUCCCUGCUUUUUGGACAUUCCCUGAGCUCUGCCCCAAAAGCAGAGCAAGGGGCAAAGAUUCUUCCUCAUUUCAACUGCUGAUCCUCAGCUGCAGAAUGAGGCUGUUAAAAGAUGAUUUUCUGCACCUUUAGAGCACCUUGUCAGGAGCAAUUUUUGGUCCAUAUUAUCACCUCAGGUGUUGUUCUUUCUUUGCACUUCUUUUCUCACCUCUGCUCUAACUCUGCUCUCAAGUGCGACUUCGCAGAGCACCCUGAAAUCCCAGGCCACCUCCAGAGCAGGGAACUCGGGAGAGCUGCUGCAAAAGCAGCUGCUCUCACUGUCCUGGGCUCUUUUAGCCUGAAGGCCAAGCCAGCAGCAAGAUUUUGGCCAGGGGAAGACAGGGAGCUCUUAAGCAGAGGUUGGAGGUUUCCAGUGCGCUGCUCCAGCUCCGCCUGGGCUUUGCUGAGGCUGAUAAUGAAGCCUGGAGUUUGUCAUAAAAUGACUCAUUGUCAGAGCUGCAUUGGGAUUUAGGCAACCUCGGCCCAUGAGCCAAACUUUCAGAAGAGUGGUGAGUUGAGAGGCUGCCAGUUUUAUUAUUUUUAGGGUUUUUUUUUCCACCUGCUCUCAAAGCCUUUCAAAAGCCCUGUUUUCUGAGGGGCUGCUGUUCCUUCUGCUUCUGAAGCUCCAGCUCCUGGAGGUGCCUGCUCUGACCUGAUAGCUUUCAAGAGGAAGGUCGCACACUCAUUGUCCUGAGGAACUUUUUAUCCUAAAGAAAAUUAAAUUUGCGCAUAUGGAAGAAGCACAGUCUCCUUUUCCUCUCUUACUUGCUCUCAGCUAGGGCAGGUGACUCACCUUGUUCUGGCUGCACAGCUGAUGCUGAGAGAUGCCUUAAAAAAGAGCAAAAUCCUCACUUGUGCUGAUUAUGAUGUUUUUAUUAAGGAAGGGGAAUAUUAAACAGAAGGAAACAAAGAAAUAAUCAAUAUCUUACAGUGGUUUUCAUUAGCCCAGGGAGAGCUUUUAAUGGAGGUAAGAAAUCUGAGCUUGGGCCUGCUGCAGGGGGUAAAUUGAACCAAAGUCAUCUCCCCUCAGAUCAGCAGCAAGUUCUGCAUUGAUGGGUGCCAGCAGAUGGGGUUCUCAGCAUCUUCUGAGGAAUCUGUCCCAGAAAUGGUGGAUCCUGCUGGCUGUUCCAUGAGCAGCUGGCUGCUGGGGACUGGGGAACCAGCCUGGCAUGGGCUGUGGGGCUGGAGGAGCUCUGAUUCCUGGUGGAAUCAGGUCUGAGAGGCAGCCACGAGAGAAGCUAAUGAGUGAGUGCAAAUCACAGCCUCCCCAUCCCUGCCUGCUUGCCAAUGUGUUGUCUAAGUCAUUAAUACUUAAAGAGUGGUGCAGCAGCUGGCACUUCAACCGAGCCACGUUAAACAGAGCUGAGAUGAGGGUGGCACUGCCUGCUGAGGGUAAGAAAGGUUCUGUCUGCAAGCACGGGGUGAGACCUGCUGGAAAGAUUCCCCAGGUGUCACCAGGUCCAGCCUGACCCCUUCUCCUGCAUCUCCUGGGUGUCUCCUUUGUGCUGGGAGAGGCUGAGCAGAGCUGAGGGAGAUGGACAGGGAGUGCUGCUUCCAGCUCUCCUAAUUUGGGGAGAUUUAUGCCCUGUCUUUCAGGAAUUGACUGGAUUUAGAGAUGAGGUGGUGUCUCUCUGUGGGCUCAGUGCCUCCCUGGCUGGGCUAGGCAUCCACUUUUGCUCAUAAAUAUUCAAGCUGUUAAUACAGGAGCCAGGCAGAGCCAUCCAGCAUUAUUGUGGCAGGAAAUUCUCUGGGCAUCUUUGAAGUUAAUGCUUAAACUUCUAUUUUCACUUCCAUUCUUCUUCUCAGAUGUCUGCUUUGCUCCCUCGGGGACCAUGAGGAGGUAGCAUUUUGCUUCAGUGGGUCUGACUACUCCAUUCCAUGUAGGAAGAAAACAAAAAACAUGUCCUAACAGUAAUUAGGCUCCAAAUGAGGUAGUAAUUUCUUUAAUUACUUGCUUCAUGGCAGUCUUUGGGGAGUUGACUUUUGUUUCCCUGUGCUUGGUGAGAAAGUUACUUAAAUAUUUUCAGACUUGUUCCUUGUUUGUGUGGAUUUCCAGGGCUGGUUUAUGCAGCAGGCUGGAAGAGGGUGGGAAAUCCCUGCUCCUCCUCCCUCUGCCUGCAUUUAGGGCACAGUUUGGGAAGGACAGAGGGAUCAGAUAAGAAGGAAAGACCCUCACCCACCCAUCCAAGCCUCUGCUCCCUUCACUGGCUGCCUCAUCAAAUUCUGGGCUCUGUUCUUUAUCCCCUUUUGCUCAGAGCUCGCUGGGACUGAGUUUUCCUGCUGCCAAGGGAGGAUAAGUUGUCUGUCUUCCCCAAAGUGAAAAAAUUGAAUUGUGCCUUCAUGGCUGAGGAGCUUUGAGCUGUGUCUGCCUCCUCAGAUCCACAGAGCACCAAGUGGUCCUGCUGUACUUAUAAAUAAAACAUAGCUUUGGGUAGUGGCAGCGUUAGGAAAUGAUUCAAGGUUUGCAUUCCAGAUACAAUGCAUUUGUAAACAUGAACCUCAGGAGAAGCCCGUGCCCCCUUCCAUGUUUGAGGGAAUUAAAAUAUUUUCAUCCUCGAGUGGUAGAAGCAAAACAUUUCCAGCUCUUUCAAGCCCGCCUCGGAGUUAAGCGAAUAAAGGCUCGAGUAACUAAAAAAUAAAUUACUUUCACUACUCCUGUAAUUCUUUAUGGAGUUUUAAAUUGAAGGCUUCUUCCUUCAAAAUAGAGGGAUGACAAAGAUUCAUUCUCUCGGCUCUUUCACUCAAUCUAUCAGGGAACAAGUCUGCUGCUGAGGAUGAAACUCCUAUUUUGUGCCUUCUUUCCCGCUGCAGAGGUCUGUGCUUUGGUCUUUGAUCAAACAGCCUCUCUGGCCUCCUGUCCCCACCUCCUCAGGCUCGUUCUCUGCCCUCUGCAAUACAUUUACUCCAACUUUCCAUUCAGCAUUUUGCACAAAGCACCAAGGGCGAGAGUUGAUGUCAGCUUUGCAAACAAAGCAGGAAGGGAAGAGCAGGGGAAGUCAGCAAGAUAGAAGUGAAAAGUGGAUUUUGGAGUCUUUGUAAACACACAGAGAGGUUCUGUGGUUAUCUUUGAACAGGGAUGUCAGGCAGCAGCUGCUGGGAGGAAUUUGCUUUGGGUCUCCUCUGAACAAUUCACAUUGAGUGCUGUGAUUCCCCUGUCCUUUCUCCAAGAGGAGGAGCAGUGUGUCCCAGCAGAGCCUGAGCUUGGCCAGGGGACUGAAGGGAUCAGCUCAGGUUUGUUCAGUCAACAGGAGACAAACGUGGAGCAGAGCAGGGCUGUCCUGUGCCCAUCCCCAGCUCUGAGGCUGUCCCUGUGCUGUGGCUGCUGUCCGUGGCCCAGAGCAGGAAGGGCUCGUGGCAGAUCUGCCCUGUCACCCCUCAGAGCUGAGCUUUGGCUUUCUCUCUGACCUGGGGAGCGUGUACUGCAGGACCACUUCCAGCAGCACAGCUCCUCGUUUCUCCUUCUUUCCACAUUUCCUUCCCCUGCCUUUUCUUCCUUUAAUCAAGCCUAAUGGGCCCUGACUGCUGGACUAAUGAUGCAGAGAUAUUCUCUUUAUUAUUUUUAGGGAGCUCUCAAAAUGGCACUGAGCACACAAAAGCAACGUGAAAUAACUUUGUGGAGCCUCUCCCCUUCGCUGCUUUCCAAACAAAACUUUUAUUCUUUAU